AUAUAUAUAUUGAUGACUUAAAAGACCAGGGUUCAAUGAAACCCAGACCAAGUUGAAAAACCUUACCCAGAUUCUUUUUCCUUCUCUCUCUUCACCAUUUGUUUGAAGCCAAUCUCUCUCUCUCUAUGUAUAUAUGGAAUAUCAUAUGCUUAAACCAAGUCUCAAAUGGAAGAAUAAUCUGAUGAUCAACAAGUUGGGAGGAAUAUAGGCUUCAGGAAUCUUCAUCUUCUAUAUGAAACUGAGAUAUUACACAAAUCUGUAAGGUUGGCUUCAUAGUGUCACUCAAGCAAAGAUUUAGAUCAAUACUUCUCAUCAAGCAAUGAUAGAGAUGCAUGAUGAAGAACAAGGUGAGGAUGUGUGUGCAAUGCCGUCCCGGUCCCGUAAGUGUUCGUCCUUCGACUUGAAUGACGAAGCUGGGAGUGAAAGGGAUUGUAUCGGUGAAACCAGUGUGGAAGAGGAGGAGAUUGAAAACAUAACUGAAGGGAGUUCAAGCAAUAAUAACAAUGGCAAUGGCAACGAUAGAAGAAGAGUAAGGCAAUACGUACGGUCGAAAUUGCCUCGGCUUAGAUGGACUCCUGAUCUGCAUUACUCAUUCGUGCGUGCUGUUGAAAGGCUUGGUGGUCAAGAGAGAGCAACUCCAAAGUUAGUUCUGCAAUUGAUGAAUGUGAGGGGACUCAGCAUUGCCCACGUAAAAAGUCAUUUACAGAUGUAUAGAAGUAAGAAGCUUGACGAGGCUGGACAAGUUUUAAGCCAAAGUAAAAGAGCAAUUCAAGGAAGGGGUGAAUUUGGGAGCUUGUUGUGUCAGGCCAUUACUACCCUCAGUCCCCAUCAUGGUCAUCAACAACAACAUUUCAGAAUGGAAAAUGGUGGAAUUGUUUUAGCCAGUGAAUCUCUUGAUGGUAGCAACACUACUUUCAAAGCUAACUUCCCAAGGCACCACCAAUUCCCAAAUUCUUUCAUAAGCAAAGCCUUUGGACAAGAAAAUGGCUUCUACAUUCAAAACCAAAUUCAUGGAACUGGACCCAUUAGAGCAAUGGCAAGCAGGUUUCUUGAAGAGAAGAGAUGGCAUCCUUUUGAAAGGAUUAGUAACAGAUGGAAGGUUAAUGGAAAUAUGUACAAGGACAUGCAGUCUCAAUCCCAUUGUUUUUGGCAAAGACCAAGCUCAGAUGAAGACAAGCAUGAACCCUUGACCAAAUUCAGUAGCUGUAGAACAGAGUUUGAGUGGAACCAAGAUAAAGUGCUCAAGGACGGGGAACGGUUGCCUGAUUUGCAGUUAAGACUAAGCCAAAGAAAUGGAAAAUUUGAUGAAGAGAAGAAUAACCAUUGUAAAGGAACACAUGAAAUUAGCACACAGCUUUCACUUUCUUAAUCACGUUGCUAAGGUUUGAGGUGCUUUUGGCCUAUACUUGAUGAAUAUGAAGGUUUGUGAGCUGUAAUUAACAAUUUGUUGUGUACUGUGGGCCGUAUAUUUUCAUCAAUAACAUUCAUGAUUUUGGCUUUGAA